CCGUUUACAAAUGACGAUUUGACUCUCGGUUUAUGCGAUAACGCGAAUAAAUAUUGUCAUUUAUCGUUCGGUUCGUGAUCUUCCAUGAUCGAACAGUGUGAUUACAGAAAGUCAAACUGUCCAACAGUCGAAUUAAUCUCGCACUUUCAGUGUUCAGCGUGCUUUCGUAGCGUCAACAGUGACACGGAUUCUCAAAUCAAGGGCAUUUAUUAACAGUUGGGAUUUUGAACGAUCAUACAGAUCGUCGUUCUCGCGAUACUCGGGAGGGGGACGCAAAAAAACGAUCGAGCGAUGAAUCGCGAGUGGAACCAGUUGGCGGUGCACAAGACACCACCGAGCGAACUCCUGGCUAAACUCCGGUUACCGGUAAAAACGUUAACGGGCCCCGGGCCGACUAAUUGCUCAAAGCGGGUUCUUCAGGCCCUGCAGAAUCAAGUCCUUGGGAAUCUCCAUGCCGAAAUUUGUCAGUUACUCGACGAAAUUAAGGCGGGACUUCAAUAUGUGUUUCAAACGAAGAACAGACUUACUUUGGCGAUAAGUGCGUCCGGUCACAGUGGUAUGGAGGCAUGCUUGGGAAAUUUACUUGAACCCGGUGAAACAGUAGUGAUCGUGAAAUGUGGAAUUUGGGGCGAACGAGCCAACGACAUUGCUCAUCGAAUUGGUGCAUGUGUCGAGUUGAUCGAAACGGACCACGACCAGGCAGUCACAUUGGAACAAUUAGAAACCUCCUUAAAGUUGCAUCGACCGGUAGCAGUUUUCAUCGUGCACGCUGAAUCUUCCACAGGCUUGAAGCAACCAUUGGAAGGAAUUGGAGACCUCGUGCACAAAUACAAUGCUCUCCUGAUCGUCGACACGGUUGCGUCACUGGGCGGCGAGCCGUUCUUUAUGGAUUCCUGGGGCGUCGAUGCAACGUUCAGCUGCAGCCAGAAGGCCCUCGGUGCCCCCUCUGGACUCUCCCCAGUUUCUUUCAGUCCACGGGCCGAAGAGAAAUUGUUUCGAAGGAAGACGAAACCGUUCUCAUUCUACUGGGACAUGACUGUUCUCGGUGUUUACUGGAAAUGCUUCGGGAACGAAGAACGAGUGUAUCAUCACACGGUAAGCGCAACGCUUCUGUACGGUUUGCGUGAGGCCUUGGCUGAAAUCGCUGAAGAGGGUCUGCCCUCGUCUUGGUUGAGACACGCAGCCGCAGCUGCCAGAUUAAGGGACGGUCUUAAAUUACGGGGGCUUCGAUGUUAUGUUAAAAUUCCACGAUAUCAAUUAUCCACCAUAACCUCUAUAGAGCUGCCACCUGGCGUCGACGAGAAGAUCAUUGUGCGACGAGCCAUGGACAGGUACAAAGUCGAUAUUAGCCCAGGCUUGGGACCGACUAAAGGGAAAAUUUUGCGAGUCGGUUUGCUAGGAUCUAACGCUGCGUCGAAGACAGUUGAUUUAGUUUUACGUGCCCUUGACGACGGAUUCAAACAGGCCUCGCGAUCGAAGCUGUAAAGUAAAAUUAACACUGCGUUGUCAUCAACAACGUAUUGUGUGAGUAAUUAUUUUUCCCAUUACUGUAUGAUUGACUUGUAAGAUUUUGUAGAUAGGUCGUAAUAAU